AUGGACUCCGACGCAGUCAUCGUGAAUGAGAUCAUCCAGUCUUACGCGGACGGGAAGAUAGCGGAGAGCAGCAUAAUUGCGGGUUUAGCUCUGGUCGUUUAUGACGGCUUGCUGCUGCUUGACGAUGAGAUCAAUUUGUUUUGGGGACGUCCCCUCUCGGGCGCCCAAGUGCUCUACCUUGCGAACAAAUACGUCUUCCUCCUGACUGACUUCCGGCAGGUCUGCGGCGGGGUCGAAGGCGCUGCAGUAGUGUUAUCCACAUUCCCUUAUUUCGUCUGGGCUGCGUUCUCCGCUCUACGAGCUUACGCCUUGAGCCGUAGCCCAUAUCUAGCCGUCGCUGUUGGUACAUUCUCCAUGGUACCAGUGGGAGUGGAUCUUACCCAUCUAGGCUUCAAUUAUGUUGGUUCGAGUGACCCCAUCUUUGGGUGUGGAUACCUCCAAGACCUUCCCACCCAGCUUCCGUUAACAUCCUCGCUCAUCAUGGCGGACCUGUUGCUCAUCGGUAUCACCUGGUACAAACUCUACGGUGCGCUGGGCUGGUCUCUACUCUUCCAGCGACAUAGCGUCACCGUCACAAGCAUUCUCUUGUGCGAUGGUACAAUCUACUUCAUCGUUCUUCUCGCGCUGAACGUGUUGCAAAUGGCGUUCACACUCGCGUCUAUUUUCCAAGAAGCCGGGGCCCAGAUCAGCAACGUCACGGCUCUGAUCGAACCGGUCACCGCCGUGUUGAUCGCCCGCUUCCUGCUGCGCCUGCAGAGGGUCAACCAGAAGGACCUGAAACUGGGUGUCGCAUCCUCGAACGGAAUCACCACCACCUCCGACGGCGACGGCGCUGCAUGGCGGACUAUAACGUUUGCCCAGGUCGCCACGUCCGUCGGCGCGACACUCAAUCCUGAAGACUUCUGGCGCGACGGUUCGGCCAGUGAAGUGGAUAGCGUUGUCGAGGAUGGGACCUCCGUUACGGGCGGCUCGGCCUAUGGGUAUGAGGGAGAACGUAGUGGCAAUGCGACGUAA